UCUCUCCGGCACCAUCUCUGGCAGGAGACAAACCUUCUAUGACUCUUUCCACACUGCAGAUAUGGGUUCCCUGCGGAGCUGGUGGACAUUGUGGGCCGGAGCAGCCCUCCUGUGGGGGUUGACGCAGGAGGCCUCCGUGGACCCCGGGAACACCGGUGGGGAGGUAUUCCUCAUGGCCUUCCUGCAGAACUACCAGCUUGGGUACAGCCAGGCCCAUCUCCAACUCCUCCUCUCCAGUCUGUCCGACAGCCCCACUUCAGUCUCUAUCCUUAACCAGGCAGACGGCACCUUGCAGACCGUCACAGUGAAGCCUGGGCAGUCAGUCAUGGUCAAUAUCAGCGCCAAGACUGAGCUGACUGGCAGCAGUACCUUCCAGCGUGCGGUGGUGAUCCGCUCUGACCGCACCAUCUCUGUGCAGGCCGCAAACUCUAAGCCUGCCACCGGGGAGCUGGCACUGCUGCGGCCUGUCCGUGUCCUGGGCACUGAGUACUUCGUGUUCACACCCCCAAGCAUCUCAUCCAAGAAUGUCAAAGAGUUUGCUGUGGUGGCUGGUGCAGGGGGCGCCUCGGUCAGCGUGCAGCUCAAGGGGAUGGUGACCUUCCAGAGCAAGAUGUAUGCAGCGGGCAAUGUCCUGAGUGUGACUCUGCAGCCUUACCAGGUGGCCCAGAUACAGAGUACAGCUGAUCUCUCAGGGUCAAAGGUUACAGCCAGUAGCCCCGUAGCUGUCUUCUCCGGCCACAGCUGUGCCCAGAAGCACACAAACUGCAACUUUGUGAUGGAGCAGCUGCUACCCACAUCUGCCUGGGGCACCCAGUAUGUGGUGCCCACUCUGUCCUUCCAGACUCGCUAUGACCUGGCCUUUGUGGUGGCCAGCCAGGCCACAAAGCUGACCUACAACCACGGGGGAACCACUGGCUCCCGCAGUCUCAAGGCUGGUAGUGUGGAACAGUUUGAGAUUCGGCCGUCCCGGCCACUCUACCUGAACGCAGAUGUGGGCAUCCAAGUCUUGCUGUUUGGCACUGGUGCCACAAAGGACGGAAUCAGCUAUGACCCCUACCUGGUUCUGAUCCCAGAUGUGGCAGCCUACUGCCCUGCCUCUGUAGUGAAGAGCAUUCCAGGCCUGGCAGGUAUGGCCCUGGUGGUGGCUCCAACAAAGGCUGCAGACGAGUGGACCCUGGAUGGGCAGAGGCUGGGGGCCAAACUCAGCUGGACCGCUGUGCCAGGCAGUGAGUUCUCAUAUGCUGAAGUGGACCUCGGCUCUGCUGACAAGAUCCACCUGGCCGAGGCCUCUGCCAGCUUUGGGCUGCUCACCUUCGGACUGAUGCAGGAAGUGAGCUACGGGACAGCAGCUGCCUGUGGCCGGACCCUGCUGACCCCAGAGAACCCUUGCAAAGAUGUACAGUGUGCCCUCUGGCACCAUUGCCAAGUGGUGGACGGUGCAGCCAAGUGUGUGAAGUUCCCCUUGGCCACUUGCCAUGCCCAGGGAGACCCCCAUUACACCACCUUUGAUGGCCGUCGCUACGACAUGAUGGGCACGUGCUCAUACACCAUGGUGGAGCUGUGCAGCGACGACGAGUCCCUACCUGCCUUCAGCGUGGAGGCCAAGAAUGAGCACCGGGGCAGCCGCCUCGUCUCUUACAUUGGCUUGGUCACCGUGCGCGCCUACAGCCACUCAGUGUCACUGGCCCGUGGAGAAGCUGGCUUUGCUCGGAUCGACGAUCAGCGCUUUCGCCUGCCAGCCUCCCUGGCCCUCGGUCGCCUGCGCGUGUACCAGAGUGGGAUGCAGGCCGUGGUGGAGCUGGACUUCGGGCUGGUGGUCACCUAUGACUGGGACUGCCAGCUGUCAGUGAGCCUGCCUCAGAUUUUCCAAGACGGCGUGUGUGGACUAUGUGGAAACUAUAAUAACAACCCCGCUGAUGACUUCCUCACACCCGAAUGGGAGCAGGCUGCUGACCUCGUGGAGUUUGCCAAGAGCUGGAAGCUGGAUGAUGAGGACUCCCUGUGCACAGAUGGCUGCCAAAACGACUGUCCCUCCUGUACCCCGGGCCAGGCCCAGCACUAUGAGGGCAGCCGUCUCUGCGGCAUGCUCACUCAGCCCGAUGGCCCCUUUGCAGCCUGCCAUCAUGCUCUGGAGCCCCAGGCCUUCCUGAAAGAGUGCGUGUAUGACCUGUGUGUGCUCAGCGGCGACCGGUCCAGCCUGUGCCGCAGCCUCAGUGCCUACGCCCAGGCCUGUUUGGGGCAUGGCAUCUCUGUUGGGGACUGGAGGUCACCAGCCAACUGCCCCCUAUCCUGUCCCGCGAACAGCCGCUACGAGCUCUGCGGCCCCGCCUGCCCGGCCUCCUGCAACCCCACCGCAGCGCCGGCCAACUGCUCCGGGCGUCCCUGCGUGGAGGGCUGCGUGUGCCUCCCCGGCUUCCUGCUCAGCGGCGGCGCCUGCGUGGCGGCCUCGUCGUGCGGCUGCACCUUCAAGGGCCUCCCGCUCGCGCCGGGCCAGGCGGUGUGGGCCGACGAUCAGUGCCGGCAGCGCUGCACCUGCGACACAGCCAGCCAGCAGGUGCGCUGCAGCGACACGCAGGGCUGCCCGGCGGGCGAGCGCUGCCGCGUGCAGAACGGCCUCCUGGGGUGCUACCCCAACAGCUUCGGGACUUGCCAGGGGUCUGGCGACCCGCACUACGUGAGCUUCGACGGCCAGCGCUUCGACUUCAUGGGCACCUGCACGUACCUGCUGACCGGCUCUUGUGGCCAGGCCGCGGGGCUGCCGGCCUUCCGGGUGCUGGUGGAAAACGAGCAUCGGGGCAGCCAGACGGUGAGCUACACACGAGCUGUGCGCGUGGAGGCCCGCGGCGUGAAGGUGGCCGUGCGCCGGGAGCACCCUGGGCAAGUGCUGGUGGACGGCAUCCUUCGCUACCUGCCCUUCCAGGCAGCAGAUGGGCAGGUCCAGGUGUUCCGCCAAGGCCAGAACGCUGUCGUGCGCACAGACUUUGGCUUGACUGUCACCUACGACUGGAGCGCCCAUGUGACUGCCAAGGUGCCCGGCAGCUAUGCUGGGGCCCUGUGUGGGCUCUGCGGGAACUUCAACGGGAAACAAGAGGACGACCUGGCUUUACGGGGUGGGGGCCAAGCUGCCAAUGCGCUGGCCUUUGGGAAUAGCUGGCAGGAGGAGACAAGACCCGGCUGUGGAGCAGCCACACCAGGUGACUGUCCCAACCUGGACUCCCUGGUGGCCCAGCAGCUGCAAAGCAAGAAAGAAUGUGGGAUCCUUGCUGACCCCAAGGGACCCUUCCGGGAAUGCCACAACACGCUGGAUCCACAGGGUGCUGUGCGCGACUGCGUCUAUGACCACUGCCUGCUGCCAGGCCAGUCUGGGCCACUGUGUGACGCACUGGCUGCCUACGCUGAUGCAUGCCAGGCUGCUGGGGCAACUGUGCACCCCUGGAGGAGUGAGGAACUUUGCCCACUGAGCUGCCCUCCCCACAGCCACCACGAGGUGUGUUCCCAAGGCUGCCCGCUGUCCUGCGGAGAUCUCCCCGUGCCUGGGGGCUGCAGCUCCACCUGCCACGAGGGCUGUGUGUGUGAUGAGGGCUUUGCACUCAGUGGUGAGUCCUGCCUGCCCCUACCUUCCUGCGGCUGCGUGUACCAGGGCACCUACCACCCGCCAGGCCAUACCUUCCACCCUGGGCCGGGCUGCGAUUCCCUUUGCCACUGCCAGGAGGGCGGCCUGGUGUCCUGCAAGCCCUCCAGCUGCGGCCCACACGAGGCCUGCCAGCCGUCCGGCGGUGUCCUGGGCUGCGUGGCUGUGGGCUCUGCCACCUGCCAGGCGUCAGGAGACCCCCAUUACACUACCUUUGAUGGCCGCCGCUUCGACUUCAUGGGCACCUGUGUGUACUCCCUGGCUCGGACCUGCGGGACCCGGCCCGGCUUGGGCCAAUUUGCCGUCCUGCAGGAGAAUGUUGCCUGGAACACUGGGAAAGUCAGCGUGACCAGGGUGAUCACUGUCCAGGUGGCAAACUUCACCCUGCGGCUGGAGCAGAAUCAGAGGAAGGUCACGGUGGACGGUGUGGACAUGAGGCUGCCUGUGGUGCUGGCCCAGGGCAGGGUCCGCGCCUCCCAGCAUGGCUCGGAUGUUCUGAUUGAGACUGACUUUGGCCUGCGUGUGGCGUAUGACCUCCUGUACAAUGUGCGGGUCACUGUCCCCGGCAACUACUACCAGCAGCUGUGUGGCCUGUGUGGGGACUACAAUGGCGACCCCAAGGACGACUUCCAGAAGCCUGACGGCUCACAGGCAGGCAGCCCCAAUGAGUUUGGCAACUCCUGGGAGGAGGCUGUGCCGGGCUCUCCCUGCGCACCGCCACCCACCUGCAGGCCAGGAGAUGACUGCAGCGUGGAGCUCGAGUGUAAACCUGAGCUGCAGGAGAAGUACAAGCAGCAGAAGUUCUGUGGGUUCCUCACCAGCCCCACUGGGCCGCUGGCCCCCUGCCAUAAGCUGAUCGAUCCCCAGGGGCCCUUGCAGGAUUGCGUCUUUGAUCUCUGCGUGGGUAGUGGGAACGAGAGCAUCCUCUGCAGCAAUAUUCAAGGCUAUGUGAGUGCUUGCCAGGCAGUUGGAGGCCACAUUGGACCCUGGAGGACCGACUCUUUCUGUCCAAUGAAGUGCCCCCCCAAUAGCCACUAUGAGCUCUGUGCAGACACCUGCUCCCUGGGCUGCUCUGCACUCAGUGCCCCCCCACAGUGCCCGGAGAGCUGUGCUGAGGGCUGCCAGUGUGACCCCGGCUUCCUCAAUGAUGGCCAGGCCUGUGUGCCCAUCCAGAAAUGUGGCUGCUACCACAAUGGUGUCUACUAUGAGCCAGAGCAGACAGUGCUCAUUGACAACUGCCAGCAUCAGUGCAGGUGCCAUCCUGGAGAAGGCAUGGUGUGCCAGAAGCACAGCUGCAAGCCGGAGCAGGUGUGCCAGCCCUCAGAAGGUGUCCUGAGCUGCAUCACCAAAGACCCAUGCCACGGUGUGACGUGUCGGCCACAGGAGACAUGCCACGUGAAGGAUGGCCAGGGCGUGUGCGUGCCCAACUAUGUGGCCACAUGCUGGCUAUGGGGUGACCCACACUACCACUCCUUCGAUGGCCGGGACUUUGACUUCCAGGGAACCUGCAACUACGUGCUGGUGGCAGCCGGCUGCCCAGGGGUCAGUGCCCAGGGCCUGACACCCUUCACUGUCACCACCAAGAACGAGAACCGGGGCAACCCUGCUGUGUCCUACGUAAGGCUUGUCACUGUGACAGUCUACAACAUCAACAUCUCCAUCCACAAAAACGAGAUCGGCAAAGUCCGGGUGAACGGUGUGCUGACAUCACUGCCAGUUUCCGCAGCCGGUGGGAGGCUUUCAGUGACCCAGGGUGCAUCUAAAGCUGUGCUGGCAGCCGACUUUGGGCUUCAGGUCACCUAUGACUGGAACUGGCAAGUGGAGGUGACACUGCCCAGUAGCUAUCACGGCGCAGUGUGUGGACUCUGUGGGAACAUGGACCGCAACCCUAGCAAUGACCAUGCCUUCCCGAAUGGCACCCUGGCUCCCUCCAUACCCAUCUGGGGUGGCAGCUGGCGAGCCCCAGGCUGGGACCCACUAUGCUGGGACGAAUGUCAAGGGUCCUGCCCAAUAUGUGCUGCAGACCAAAUGGAGGAAUAUGGGGGCCCUGGCUUCUGUGGACCCCUAGCCCCUGGCAUGGGAGGCCCCUUCGCCACCUGCCAUGCCCACGUAGCACCUGAUAGCUUCUUCAAGGGCUGUGUUCUGGAUGUCUGCCUGAGCGGUGGGGCACAGGACACACUGUGCCAGGCUUUGGCUGCGUACGCCGCUGCCUGCCAGGCUGCUGGGAUUACCAUUAAGGACUGGAGAGAGCAGGCCGGCUGUGAGAUCUCCUGCCCUGAAAACAGCCACUAUGAGCUCUGUGGCACCCCCUGCCCAGCCAGCUGCCCCACCCCUGCGCCCCCCACGACCCCAGCCUCAUGUGAUGGUCCCUGCACAGAGGGCUGCCAGUGCAACUCAGGCUUCGUGUUGAGUGCCGACCGCUGUGUUCCCCUGGAUGGUGGCUGUGGCUGCUGGGCCAAUGGCACCUACCAUGAGGCAGGCAGCGAGUUUUGGGCCGAUGCCACCUGCUCCCAGUGGUGCCACUGUGGGCCCGGGGGUGGCUCACUGGUCUGCAAGCCUUCCAGCUGCGGACAAGGUGAAAAGUGUGCCUUGCUGCCCUCAGGCCAGCAUGGCUGUCACCCUGUCAGCACGGCUGAGUGUCAGGCCUGGGGUGACCCCCAUUACACCACCUUGGAUGGGCACCGAUUCGACUUCCAAGGUGCCUGCGAGUACCUGCUGAGUGCACCCUGCCAAGACCUGCCCACAGGAGCAGAGAACUUCACUGUCACUGUAGCCAACGAGCACCGGGGCAGCCAGGCCGUCAGCUACACCCGCAGUGUCACCCUACACAUCUACAGCCACACACUGACACUCAGUGCCCAGUGGCCCCGUCAGCUGCAGGUGGACGGCAAGCUCGUGGCGCUGCCUUUCGAGCUGGACUCGAGCCUGCGCGUGCACCUGAGCGGCGCCGACGUGGUGGUUUCAGCCUCCAAUGGGCUCUCGCUGGCUUUCGACGGGCAGAGCUUCGUGCGCCUGCGCGUGCCGGCGACGUACGCGGACACUCUUUGUGGCCUGUGCGGGAACUACAACCAGGACCCAGCCGAUGACCCGAAGGCGGUGGGCGCGAACCCCGGCCGCUGGCAGGUGGGCGGUGCCGCAGGCUGCGGGGAGUGCGUGCCUGGGCCAUGUCCGCAGCCGUGCACGCCGGGGCAGCAAGAGCCCUUCCGUGGCCCCGAUGCCUGCGGCGUGAUCUCGGCCCCCGACGGCCCACUGGCACCCUGCCACGGCCUCGUGCCACCCACGCAGUACUUCGAAGCCUGCUUGCUGGAUGCCUGCCAGGCUCAGGGCCAUCCGGGAGGCCUCUGCCCUGCUGUGGCCGCCUACGUGGCACUCUGCCAGGCCGCUGGGGCCCAGCUUGGCGAGUGGAGGCGACCCGACUUCUGUCCCCUCCCGUGCCCUGCCCACAGCCACUACAAGCUCUGUGGUGACUCCUGCCCUGUGAGCUGCCCAAGCCUCUCAGCACCAGAGGGCUGUGAGCCCACCUGCCGUGAAGGCUGUGUCUGCGAUGCCGGCUUCGUGCUCAGUGGUGACACCUGUGUACCUGUGGGCCGCUGUGGCUGCCUCCACGAGGGCCGCUACUACCCACUGGGCGAGUCCUUCUACCCAGGCCCUGAGUGUGAGCGGCGCUGUGAGUGUGGGCCGGGCGGCCACAUCAGCUGCCAGGAGGGUGGGGCCUGCAGGCCCCAUGAGGAGUGCCGGGUUGAGGGCGGUGUCCAGGCCUGUCACCCUACAGGCUGUGGCCGCUGCCUGGCCAACGGAGGUGUCCACUACGUGACCCUUGAUGGACGUGUCUAUGACCUGCAUGGCUCCUGCUCCUAUGUCUUGGCCCAAGUCUGUCGCCCACAGCCUGAGGAUGAGAACUUUGCCAUUGUGCUUGAGAAGAAUGCGGCUGGAGAUCCCCAGCGCCUGCUGGUUACUGUGGCAGGCCAGGUUGUGGACCUGGCUCGGGGGCCAAGAGUCACUGUGGAUGGUGAGGCCAUGGCCCUGCCUGUGGCUGUGGGCCACGUGCGGGUGACCUCUGAGGGCCGGAACAUGGUUCUGCAAACGACCAAGGGGCUGCGGCUUCUUUUUGAUGGCGAUGCCCACAUCCUCAUAUCCAUCCCCAGCCCCUUCCGUGGCCGGCUCUGUGGUCUCUGUGGGAACUUCAACGGCAAUUGGAGUGAUGACUUUGUCCUGCCCAGUGGUGCCGUGGCCCCCAGCGUGAAUGCCUUUGGAGCUGCGUGGCGGGCACCUGGCUCCUCCCAGGGCUGUGGUGAGGGCUGUGGGCCCCAUGGCUGCCCCGUGUGCUCAGCGGAGGAGACAGCGCCAUAUGAGAGCACGCAGGCUUGCGGGCGGCUGCGGGACCCCCAUGGCCCCUUUGCAGCCUGCCAUGCAGCACUGAGCCCCUCUGAGUACUUCCGCCAAUGCGUGUAUGACCUGUGUGCGCACAAGGGCAGCGGCACGGUUCUCUGCAGCAGCCUGGCAGCCUACACAGCGGCCUGCCAAGCGGCCAGCAUGGCCGUGAAGCCCUGGAGGACAGAUAGCUUCUGCCCGCUCCAGUGCCCGGCCCACAGCCACUACUCCAUCUGCACGCACUCCUGCCAGGGCUCCUGUGCAGCUCUCUCUGGCCUGGAGGGCUGUACCUCGCGCUGCUUUGAGGGCUGUGAGUGCGACGACCGUUUCCUGCUCUCCCAGGGCUUAUGCAUCCCCGUCAAAGAUUGCGGCUGCACACAUGGUGGCCGGUACCUGCCGGUCAGCUCCUCCCUGCUGAGCUCAGACUGCAGCGAACGCUGUUCCUGUUCCUCGAGCACCGGCCUGACAUGCCAGACAGUUGGCUGCCCACUAGGCCAAGUAUGUGAGGUCCAGGCUGAGGCCCGAGGCUGCUGGGUCCCCGACGGUCUCUGUUACCUCUCUGCGGGUGCCAACCUCACCACUUUCGACGGGGCCCACAGUACCAUCCGCUCCCCCGGCAUCUACGAGCUCUCUUCCCGCUGUCCAGCACUACAGAAGCCCUUCCCCUGGUACCGAGUGGUCGCUGACAUCCACCCCUGCCAUGGCAAAGGUGAAGCUGUGGGCCAGGCUCACAUCUUCUUCCCAGAUGGGCUGGUGACCGUGAACCCAAACAAGGGCGUAUGGGUGAAUGGUCUCAAAGUGGACCUCCCAGCUGAGGUGUUAACCUCUGUGUCUGUGAGUCGGAAUCCUGAUGGCUCCGUGCUAGUCCGCCAGAAGGCCGGGGUCCAGGUGCAGUUUGACACCACUGGGCAGCUGGCUGUGAUAGUCAGUGAUGCCCACGCUGAGAUGCUCUGUGGCAUCUGUGGAAAUUUUGACGGGAACCCGACCAACGAUGUGCAUGAUUCCAACGAGAAGACACUGGAGAGCUGGAGAGCCCAGGACUUCUCCCCAUGUCACAGCUGAUCAGGCAUCCCCUGGGAAUAAGGACUUCAGGACCUGAUCCCUCUGGAGGUUGCAGUAACUGAAGAACACACUAUGUGCUCCAAUCUUAUUCUACCCCUUUGCUGAACCACUGAGGCUAGCCGUGAGAGCACUGAAUAAAUAUAUUAAGCUAAGCUGUA